AUGCACAUCAAGGCUAUGCUCGACGAGUCCCGGAGGACGGGCGAGCCCUCCUUCUCCUUCGAGUAUUUCCCUCCCAAGACGGCUCAGGGUGUUCAGAACCUCUACGAUCGUAUGGAGCGCAUGUACCACUUCGGUCCCAAGUUCAUCGACAUUACAUGGGGUGCUGGCGGCCGCAUCGCUGAGCUCACCUGUGAGAUGGUCCUCCAGGCACAGUCCAUCUACGGUCUCGAGACAUGCAUGCACUUGACUUGCACCGACAUGGGCCUGGAAAAAGUCAACGACGCUUUGCGCAAGGCCUACAAGGCUGGUUGCACCAACAUCCUUGCCCUGCGUGGCGACCCCCCGAGAGAGCAGGAGAAGUGGGAGGCCACCGACGACGGCUUCCGCUACGCUAAGGACUUGGUCAAGCACAUUCGUGCCACCUACCACGACCACUUCGACAUUGGUGUUGCUGGCUACCCCGAGGGCUGCGACGACAAUAAGGACGAGGAGCAGCUGCUGGACCACUUGAAGGAGAAGGUCGACAUGGGCGCUACCUUCAUUGUCACACAAAUGUUCUACGACGGCGACAACUUUGUUCGCUGGGUCGGCAAAGUUCGCGAGCGUGGCAUCACCGUCCCCAUUAUUCCCGGUAUUAUGCCAAUUGCCACCUACUCCAGUUUCUUGCGCCGCGCCAAGCACAUGAACUGCAAGGUGCCUGAGGAGUGGAUGGCUGCUCUGGAGCCCAUCAAGAAUGAUGAUGUUGCUGUCAGAGAGGUCGGCAAGGGUCUGGUCGCCGAGAUGUGCCGGAAGAUUGUUGCUGCUGGUAUUCACCACCUGCACUUCUACACCAUGAACCUGGCCCAGGCCACCAGAAUGGUUCUCGAGGAGCUCGAAUGGAUGCCCACGAGCGACCGCCCUGUGAAGCAUGCUCUUCCCUGGAAGCAGUCCCUGGCCCACGGACGCAGAGAGGAGGAUGUACGCCCCAUCUUCUGGAAGGGUCGUAAUAAGUCUUACGUUCUUCGUACCCAGGACUGGGAUGAGUUCCCCAACGGUCGCUGGGGUGAUUCUCGGUCUCCUGCUUUCGGUGAGCUGGAUGCCUACGGCAUUGGCUUGACAGGUACGAACGAGCAAAACAGAAAGAAGUGGGGCGAGCCCAAGUCAGUCAAGGACAUCGCCAACAUCUUUGUCCGAUACCUUGAGACGGAGCUCGACUCUUUGCCCUGGAGUGAGGCACCUCUCACUAGCGAAGCCGAUCCCAUUCGCGAAGAGCUCAUUGGACUGAACAAGCGUGGCCUUCUGACCAUCAACUCUCAGCCUGCUGUCGACGGCGUGAAGUCGACCCAUCCAGUACACGGUUGGGGACCGGCAAACGGCUACGUUUACCAGAAGGCUUACCUCGAACUUCUCGUCCACCCAGACGUGUACCACGAGAUCGUUUCUCGCGUCGAGAAGAACCCUGACAUGACUUACUACGCCACCACCAAGAACGGUAACCUGAAGUACAACGCCUCAAACGACAGCCCCAACGCCGUUACAUGGGGUGUCUUCCCGGGCAAGGAGAUUGUCCAGCCCACCAUUGUCGAGGGUAUCAGCUUCAUGGCCUGGAAAGAUGAGGCUUUCCGCUUGGGUAUUGACUGGGCACACUGCUUCGAGGCUGGGUCUCCCAGCAGAACCCUUGUUGAGCGUAUCAUGAACGAGUGGUACCUCAUUAACAUUGUGAACAACGACUUCCACCAGAAGACAGCUCUCUUCGACUUGCUCGAGGGCCUCGAGGUCAAGGAAUACAGCGACAUUUCGGCUGAGCCUCAGACAAACGGAGCCGUCAAGGAGCAACAAGCCAACGGCAGCGCUCCUGCCGCCGCAGUUGCGGCAAACUAA